GGGUCCAUUUUUAGACCUAACAAAAAAACCCUCAAAAUUAUAGUCUUCACAAUCACAAUUGCAGCACCAAACCUCAAACCAGCGUUUACGCGAUAACCAAGCCUUCCCCCUCUCUCCUCCUGCAAUCUCCCAUCGCUGUGAUUCUGCAAAAAUCCAGUGAUGGGAGAACCAAAACUUCCUCCACAAUCACCAAACCACCCAUCUUCCCUUGUCCAACCAUCCAACAAGAAGAAACAAAAACCCAUCAAAGUAUUCCGAGCUCUUCGAUCCGUUCUGCGGUCAUUCCCCAUCAUUAAUACCCCCGCCUGCAAGUUUUCAUCGCUCCCAAGCGGAGUGUUACCGGAAGGUCACCGAAGCAGCGGUUCUGGCAACCGCGUUACGGGCACAUUGUUUGGAUAUCGCAAGGGAAGGGUAAGUUUGUCCAUACAGGAAAAUCCUAGGACCCUUCCAACCAUGGUGGUGGAGCUGGCCAUGCAAAUGAACGUGUUGCAGAAGGAAAUGAGUUUGGGAUUGGUCAGAAUUGCCCUCGAAUGCGAUAAAAGGCCGGAAAAGGAGAAGAUGAAGCUUUUAGAGGAGCCUAUGUGGGCUAUGUAUUGUAAUGGGAAGAAGAAUGGGUAUGGGGUCAAAAGGGAGGCUUCAGAAGAGGAUUUACAGGUUAUGGAGCUUCUUAAAGCGAUAUCAAUGGGUGCUGGAGUCUUGCCGGGAAAAUCUGACGUGAAUGGACCGGACGGCGAAUUGGCGUACAUCCGAGCCCACUUUGAACGAAUGGUGGGAUCAAAGGACUCGGAGACCUUUUACAUGUUAAGCCCCGAUGGAAACAAUGGACCUGAAUUGAGCAUUUUCUUUGUAAGGGUAUGAUAUAUUGAGUAUUUGUGACUGGAUUCAUUAUUGUACGUGGUCAUGACUUACAUGUACAGCUGAAUAGUGUCUGCAGAUAUAUAUAGGUGAUGUUUAUUUCCUCAA